AUGUCGUACUCGGGCCUUGCAACCGGUCGCCCCCCGUCGCCUGACGAUCAGGAGAAGCGCGACCGCGACGGGAGGAGGAACAUCCUCACGCAGGCCUACGAAUGGUUCAACACGGUCGAUGCGGAGCCUGACGUUCCCGCCGAGUUCAACACGGGGCGCAAACGCCUGGACUGGAUGAUUAAUCACCGCAACCUAGCGCCGGAAGAUAUCGUGGAUAGGGGACGCCCCGCGGAUCGUCGAUACGCCCGCUUCGCCCUACGCCGCGAGCUGGACGACUUAGUGAAGUGGACCAUCAAUGGGACGCAAUCCGUAUUGGAUGUGCUAGGCCCAGCGGCCGUGGAGGACGACACUGUCACUAACCCGCACUGGGUCUUCGACGAGAAAGGAGUACUGGUGGACAACCUGCACUCGGCAAAUAGUCUC